CUCCCUCCCGCGCCGCCGCCAUGGUGCUGGAGUCGGUGGUGGCCGAGCUGCUGAACCGCUUCCUGGGCGACUACGUGGAGAACCUGAACAAGUCGCAGCUCAAGCUGGGCAUCUGGGGGGGUAAUGUAGCACUUGACAAUUUGCAGAUAAAGGAGAAUGCCUUGAGUGAGUUAGAUGCGCCAUUCAGAGUCAAGGCUGGACAAAUAGAUAAGCUUACCCUGAAGAUUCCCUGGAAGAAUUUGUACGGUGAUGCAGUUGUUGCAACGCUGGAGGGCUUGUAUCUUCUUGUUGUUCCUGGAGCAAGCAUUAAAUACGAUGCAGAGAAAGAAGAAAAGUACCUACAAGAUAAGAAGCAGAAGGAACUGUCUAGAAUUGAGGAAGCCCUACAAAAAGCAGCACAAAAAGACAAAUCAAAGGAAGAGAAGAAAGAUACUUUUUUGGAAAAGCUUGCAACACAGAUUAUCAAAAAUGUUCAAGUCAAAAUCACAGGCAUCCAUAUCAAGUAUGAAGAUGAUAUCACAGAUCCUAGCCGACCACUUUCCCUAGGAAUGACACUGGGGGAACUUAGCUUACUGACUACCAAUGAAAACUGGAGUCCUUGCAUUUUAAAUGAGGCGGCAAAGAUCAUCUACAAGUUUUUGCGGCUUGAUUCCCUCAGUGUGUACUGGAAUGUGGACAGUGAAAUGUACUAUCAUGCUUCUCGGGAGGAAAUCUUGGAACGCUUGAAAAAGGGAAUCCCUUCUGUCAACCAAGAACUUCCAGAUUAUCAGUAUAUAUUUAAGCCGAUAUCAGCCUCUGCAAAACUCUACAUUAACCCUCAUGCAGCAGUUGAGCUGCAAACGCCGAAGGUCGAUUGGAGCAUGGAGGUCCAGAGCAUCGCUGUUGAACUGACCCGGCCGCAGUACCUUAGUAUGAUUGACCUUCUGGAAUCCAUAGAUUAUAUGGUUCGAAAUGUCCCAUACAGAAAGUACAGACCAGAAGUACCGCUGCAUAAGAAUGCCAGACUAUGGUGGAAGUAUGCGGGAAAUAGUAUUCUUGAGGUUCAUAUCAGACGCUGCACUCGCAUGUGGUCAUGGAGCAACAUAAAAGGGCACAGGCAGCUUCUGAAAAGUUACAAAAAUAUUUAUAAAGAUAAACUGACACAGACCAAAGUAUCAGAAGAAACACAGAAAAAAAUGAAGGAUUUGGAAAAAGAUCUGGAUGUUUUCAGUAUUGUUCUAGCAAGACAACAAGCACAAACUGAGGUUAUAAGGUCAGGACAAAAGCUGUUGAGGAAGAAAUCUGCUGAUGGAGAGAAAAAAGGUGGCGGAUGGUUUAGUGGACUGUGGGGUAGGAAGGACUCUAAAAGGAAAGAAGAUGAGGAAACACCAUCGGUUCCUGAAACUAUUGAUGACUUGAUGACACCAGAGGAGAAGGAAAAGCUUUUCACUGCCAUUGGUUACAGCGACAGUUCUCACAACCUCACAUUACCCAAGAAGUAUGUUGCCCAUGUGAUGUCCCUGAAACUGUUGAGCACUUGCUUUACCAUUAAAGAGGACCGAAAUGUUCCCGACAUGCUGAAAAUCCAGAUAAUUGAUCUCAGCACUAAAAUAUCACAGCGGCCGGGAGCACAAGCCCUUAAGAUAGAAGCAAAGCUCGAGCACUGGUACGUGACGGGCCUAAAACAGCAGAACGUCGUCCCGUCCCUCGUGGCUUCGAUCGGGGAUGCCGACUCGUCUCUGCUCACGAUCGAGUAUGAGACGCAUCCUGAGGACAGCGCUGCGGAUCAGAGCUGCUUGGUUCAGUCACAGCCUGUGGAAAUCAUAUACGACGCGAGAACAAUCAAUGCACUGGUGGAAUUCUUCCAGACGAACCGGGGCAUGGACUUGGAACGCUUAACUACUGCCACACUGUCGAAGCUAGAAGAAAUUAAAGAGAGGACCGCGACAGGUCUUACACACAUUAUUGAAACGCGAAAGGUCCUUGACCUGAGGAUUAAUCUGAAACCUUCCUAUCUUCUGGUUCCACAGACAGGCUUCUGCUAUGACAAGUCCAACCUUCUUAUUUUGGAUUUUGGUACUUUUCAGCUGAACAGCGUCCAUCAAGGCAACCUCCAUUCUUCAAGCGCAUCCCUGGAAGAGAUUAUGGACAAAGCUUACGACAAGUUUGACGUCGAAAUCAAGAAUGUGCAGCUCCUGUUCGGCAAAGCAGGUGAAGCUUGGAAAAAGGCGCGGUUUGAGCAUCCAUCAACUCUACACAUACUACAGCCCAUGGACUUGCACGUGCAGCUUGCCAAAUCAAUGGUGGAGAAGGACACGAGGAUACCCAAGUUCAAAGUAUCAGGGGAACUUCCUUUGGUUCAUCUAAGAAUUUCUGAUCAGAAGAUCAAAGGUGUCCUAGAACUCAUUGAUAGCAUUCCACUUCCACAGAAGCCAUCUGUUUCAGCUCCAAGUUCAAAAGAACCUGCAAUUCCUGUUCUUACUGAUGCAAGCAAAGGUUUUCUUGAGUCAUCUUUAUUACUGGAUGAAGUUCCAUCAGACUCAGAAGAUGAGUUUUUUGAUACCGAAGAGUUUGCCAAGCUCGAAGGGAAGGCUUCUGUCGCAGGAAGGGAAUUAAAGAGUGAGACCGAGGCGGUUCAGGAAGACCUCACGAAUCUUCAGCUGAAAUUUGAAAUUCGGGAGGUGCUGCUGGAACUCACCAAACAACUGCAGAGAGAGGAGACGAUCGUUGUAUUUGAUGUAAAACAGCUUGGAACAGAAGCAGUUGUAAGACCGUAUGACUUAAGAGCCGUAUCUUAUUUGAGGAAAAUCAGCCUGGAUUAUCAUGAAAUCCAUGGCAAAAAACAGCCACUUCAUUUAAUUAGCUCUUCAGAUAAACCUGGAUUAGAUCUCUUGAAAGUAGAAUAUACCAAGGCUUGUAAGAACGGUCCCAAAUUUCAGACUGUGUUUGACAACACUGAACAAAUGGUUCAGGUGGCUUUCUCGUCCUUGAAUGUGCUGCUCCACACACAGGCUCUUCUCUCAACCAUCAGCUAUCUCAUGGCGGUCAUCCCGGGAAGGGGCCAGGAUGCUCCUGAUGCCCCAUCUCUGCAGAAACUGGAUGAGCAGCAGCAUAAAGAGACUGACUCAAAGAAAGUGGCAAAGCCCUGCAAAGACAAGGAUGUGUUUCGUUUCAAGUUGCUCGCCCAGUUAGAUGCCUUCUGUGUAAAUCUUUGUGAUGAGAAGAACAACAUUGCUGAAAUCAAAAUUCAAGGUCUUGACUCAUCUCUGUUUCUUCAGUCCAGUCAGACCACAUUCUACGCACGGUUAAAAGACAUAAUCGUUACAGAUGUCGAUUCAAAGACAAUUCAUAGAAAGGCGGUUUCUAUCGUCGGCGAGGAGGUCUUCAGUUUCAACUUGGUGUUGUUUCCGGAUGCAACUGACGGGGAAGCCUAUGCUGACAUGUCCAAAGUGGAUGGGGCGCUUUCCCUCCGAACGGGCUGCAUUCAGAUUAUAUAUCUGCACAAAUUCCUUAUGUCGCUCCUGAAUUUUCUGAAUAGCUUGCAAGUUGCCCAAGAGGCCUUGAGUGCUGCUACAGUCCAGGCUGCGGAAAAGGCCGCCACAAGUGUGAGGGACCUCGCUCAGAGGAGCUUCCGCCUCGCCAUGGAUAUUCAUCUUAAGGCUCCAGUUAUCCUCAUCCCUCAGUCUUCACUUUCCUCUAACGCUGUAGCAGUCGACCUUGGAUUAAUCAAGAUACAAAACCAAUUCAGCUUGGUGCUGGCUGAGGGCUGCCCACUGCCUCCCAUCAUGGAUAAAAUGAAUGUAGAGUUGACACAGCUGAAGAUGUCGAGGACCAUCUUGCAGCCAGGUUUCUCGCAGCCCGACAUCCAAAUUCUCCAUCCUAUUAAUCUGAACCUUUCUGUGAAUCGCAACCUCGCUGGAACAUGGUAUCACAAAAUACCAGUGCUGGAGAUCAAAGGGCGUCUCGAUGAAAUGAAUAUUAUCCUAAAUCAAGAGGACUUGAAUGUUCUGCUUAAAGUAGUGACAGAAAACCUUGCUGAAGCAGAUGAAAGUAUGAGCGGUGCCAAACCGAGAGCACAAAUUGGAGGUGGCACAAAAGACAUGGCAGAGUUGCUGGGAGCUGAGAAAGGUAUUCCAUCAGAAGGUAGCGUAUUUGGCACAUCAAAAGAAGUGUUAAAGGAAGACAUUACCAGUAUGCUGCUUAACUUCGAAAUUCAAAGGGUUGUAGUAAGGUUGAUGAAACAGGUCGAGAAGCAGAGCUUCCCCUUGCAUAUAUUAACAGUGCUGCAGCUUGGAACAGAAAGCCGAGUUAAAACUCACGAUAUGACAGCUACAGCAUAUCUCAAAAAAAUUGAAAUGAAAUGCCUGGAAUUCACCGAUGCCAAAGGGGAUCCACUGAAUAUCAUUAGUUCUUCAGAUGAAACUGGCAAGCAUCUUUUAAAGCUGGAGUAUAUAAAGGCCGAUCCGGAUGGGCCGCAGUUUGAGAAGGUCUACGAAAGUACGAAGCAGGCGUUAAAAGUGUCUUUUUCGUCACUAGACCUGUUGCUGCACACAGAGGCCUUGCUUUCCAUCAUGAACCUUUUCACUUACGCCUCAAGCGGCCUUGCAGCUACCGAUAAGGGGGCGGGGGCGAAGACGCUGGUGGAGGAGCCCAAAGCUGUCCCCGCGAAACCAGCCCCCGGUGCUGCAGCGCAGAGCGACGUGUUUGACUUGAAGCUCACCGCCGCGCUGGGCGCCUUCAACGUGCGGGUCUGCGAUCAGUGGGGAGACAUCGCCGACAUCCGGAUCCAAGGUAUGGAGGCAUCUAUUUUUACCACGGUGAAGCAGACGGAGGUUUUUGCCAGGCUUCAGGACUUCGUAAUAACAAACGUGGACCCCAAGACAGUUCAUGAAAAGACGGUCUCGAUCGUGGGAGACGAAGUCUUCCGAUUUGCCAUGUCGCUUUAUCCUGACGCGACGGAGGGAGAGGCGUACAGUGACACCUCCAAGGUGGAUGGCCAGGUGUCCCUGAAAGUGGGCUGCAUUCAGAUUGUAUACCUGCAUCAGUUCUUCAUGUCACUGCUGAACUUCCUAAAUAACUUCCAAACGGCAAAAGAAGCCCUGGGUGCUGCCACCGUCCAAGCUGCAGAAAAAGCUGCUUCCAGUAUGAAGGACUUUGCUCAGAAGAGCUUUCGCCUUUCCGUGGACAUCGAUUUGAAAGCUCCAGUUAUAUUGAUCCCACAGUCGUCUGUGUCUUACAACGUGUUGGUAGCCGACCUUGGCUUGAUCACAGUCCGGAAUCGGUUCAGCCUGGUCCCUGGAGUGGAAUCUUCUAAUCCCCCUGUGAUUGACAAAAUGGAUGUGCAUCUAACUCACUUAAAAAUGUCAAGGACCGUAAUAGCCAGUGGUGCUCAGCCAGAGAUUGAAAUUUUGCAGCCAGUAAAUAUGCUUCUGUCGGUGGAGAGAAAUCUGGCCGCAGCAUGGUAUCCGCAGAUCCCGGGGAUUGCGAUCGAGGGGGACUUAAAGGCUAUGGAGAUCUCCCUCUGCCAAGAUGACUUAACACUGCUCAUGAAAAUCUUGUUGGAAAAUCUUGCUGAUACAGGCGCCAGGGUCGCACCAUCGACCUUGCCAGAAGCUCCGGGGCAGAAAUUCCAAAGGGGCAAAAGUGAAGCUGUUGCUGAUCUCGGCAAAGGUACGGUGACCGCUUCAGGAGAGAAAGAUCUUUGUGAAACUCCCCCGAAGGAGAAUGUGACACUCAAGUUUCACUUUAACUUUGAAUCCCUCUCCAUUGUGCUCUACAAUACCGACGUUGAUCAGGAAUCUCAGCUUUCCCUGCACAACAAGAGCUCACGCCUGGGGGAGCUCCGGCUGCACCUCAUGAGGUCAUCUGGGCAGAUGUUUUCAAAUGGCUCUCUAGACUUCAAUACCAAGCUGAAAACAUGCACGCUGGAUGAUCUGCGGGAAGGGAUCCUGAGGGCAACUUCUAGGAUGAUAGAUAAGAAAGACGGUGAAAUGGACAGUGUCAUGAUCGAGAUCAACUACAAGCAGAAUAAAAGCAGGAGUGAAAUCGUUGCUGUCCUGGACAAGCUGUACCUGUGCGCCAGCGUGGAGUUCCUAUUGACGGUAGCUGAUUUCUUUGUCAAGUCAGUGCCUGCAGCCUCACCGGAAGCAUCUACCCAGUUUCAGUUAAAGCACACCACCCAUGGAAAACCUCGGCCGGAGAAAGAUGGAUCUCCAUGGCCCAACAUGACCAUCUUAGCACGGAUCAUGGAUCCCGAAAUCGUGUUUGUCGCCAACUUGACAAAGGCUGGUGCUCCGGCCUUAGCAGCCUCGUUCCAGUGUGAUUUCAGCUUGUCCAGCGGCCCCCACGCUCGGCAGAUGACCGCCCAGGUGCUCGACCUCAAAGUGCUGGCUUGCCCCUUCCUGCGAGAGAAAGGGGAAAAGAACGUCACCACGGUUGUGCAGCCAUGCUCUUUAAUUAUGGAAGCCAAGAUGGAUAGUUCAGGAGUGACAUCUGUGAUUCUGUCACUAGAUGAAUUUAUUGUGAAGAUUUCGCCAAUAAUUCUCAAUACUGUGAUGACGAUCUUGGCUGCCAUGAAGCCGAAGCCGAAGGAUGAAGAAUCCGAAGGGGCCACCUGCGGAACGGGGAAUCUCUGGGAGACCAGGUCUGUCGACCAGUGUCGGCACUGGUUUCUUGGGUUUGACAUGGCCACAGAAGCGACUGAAACCCCCCAAGAAGGCGUGCAGGAGAGGGAGAAGGAAAACUGUGAGCUGCACAUUGCCUCUGUCCAGAUCACCCUGGAGUGCGGUUUGGGUCAUCGUACCGUUCCGCUGCUACUAGUAGAAUCUACUUUGGGCGGAACGGUGAAGAACUGGUCUUCCCUCAUGGCUGCCACUGCAGACGUGACCCUCGAGGUUCACUAUUACAACGAAACCUAUGCUGUUUGGGAGCCCCUGAUUGAGCGAGUCGACAAAGAAAGACGCCAGUGGAACUUAACAGUAGAGAUGAACACAAACCCUGUGCAAGAUAAAGGCUUGUUGCCUGGAGACGACUUCCUUGUGCUACCGGAUCCCCAGACGGUCAUAAAUAUCUCUUCUAAGGAUACCAUGAAUAUCACCAUAUCCAAGUGCUCGCUGGCCGUCUUUAGCAAUCUAGCCAAGGGGUUCUCGGAAGGCACUGCUUCCACUUUUGACUAUGCUUUGAAGGACAGGGCUCCGUUUACUGUGAAGAAUGCUCUGGGCAUUCCUGUGAAGGUGCACACGUGCAGAAAUCUCCAGGUCGUCGGGUUGACCGCAAGCGAUGACAUUCAUGAUGUAGGAGCCGGCCAGCACUUAGACCUGGACUAUUCCACCCUCGAGUCCCAGCACAAAGGGAAGCUGUCUGCCCUGCAUCGCCAGGAGAGCUCUCUGUUCACGCUGACCUUCGCGCCUGAAGGAUACACGGAGGUAGCCGGCGUCCCCAUAACCAAGCCUGGCAGAAGGCUGCACAACGUCAGGAAUCCUUGCCACGACCACUCGGACUCCGUUCUGGUACAGACGGAUGCGGAGGAAGGCAACAAAGUUAUCACCAUACGCUCGCCUCUGCAGAUCAAGAACCACUUCUCUAUUCCAUUUGUAAUUUACAAGCUGCUUCAGAACACUGACCUGUUGCAGCCCAUAGGCGUGUCGAAGCCCGAGGAGGAAUUCCACGUCCCACUAGACUCGUACAGGUGCCAGCUCUUUGUCCAGCCCGGUGGGGCCUUGCAAGGCAGGUUUGAGCCGUCGACCACCUGCAUAUCCUGGAGGGAGGCGCUGCACAGGAGCAGGGAGGUCACGAGCGUGCUGCGGUGCCCGUCCACGGAAGUCAGUUUGCUGCCUCUGAUUGUGAACACCGCUGCCGUGCCCGACGAACUCAACUUCAUUGCAACCCAUGGGGAGAGCUGGGACCCAGCCUACAUCCUUCACCUGUACCCCACCCUCACCCUACGGAAUCUUCUGCCCUACUCUUUGCGCUACCUGCUUGAGGCAACAGCCGAGUCCCAUGAGCUUCUGGAAGGGAGCACGGCCGACGUGCUUCAUUCAACCAUCAGUGGAGAAAUCAUGGAGCUGCUCUUAAUGAAAUAUCAGGGUAAAAACUGGAAUGGGCGCAUCCGGCUCUUUGAUGCCCUUCCAGAGUUCUUCCCCGUGUGCUUCACCUCGGAUUCGGCCGACGUGGCAACAGUUGACAUCUACGUCCACGUUCGGAAAGAGGGCAGCCGCAUGGUCCUGUCGGUGUACAGUCCUUACUGGAUCAUCAAUAAAACCUCUCGGGUUCUGCAGUACCGUGCUGAGGACGUGCAUGUAAAACACCCAGCGGACUUCAGGGAUAUUAUCUUGUUCUCCUUUAAGAAAAAGAACAUUUUCAGCAAAAAUAAGAUCCAGUUAAGCAUCUCAACCAGUACGUGGUCCAACGGCUUUUCUUUGGAUACAGUCGGAAGUUAUGGAUGUGUGAAGUGCCCGUUCAGUUCCAUGGUUUUCCUGGUUGGUGUCAGCAUUAAAAUGAGCAGCUUCAAUCUCACCCGGAUCGUAACGUUGACGCCAUUCUACACCAUAGCCAAUAAAUCUUCCUUUGAGAUAGAAGUGGGCGAAGUUGGCGCUGAUGGUUCGCUUCCUACUAAUAAACUGAGUUAUUUCGCCUCUUCAGAGUGUCUUCCAUUUUGGCCGGAAAAUUUGUCUGGCAAACUCUGCAUCAAGGUCAUUGGCUGCGACCACUUCUCCAAGCCAUUCUUCUAUAACCAGCAGGACAACGGGACUUUAUUGAGCGUGGAAGAACUGAACACAGGCAUCCUAGUCGACGUGAACGUGUCCGAGCAUUCGACGGUUAUCAGCUUCUCAGACUACCACGAGGGAGCUGCUCCAGCUUUGAUCAUUAAUCACACUCCUUGGUGUGCUCUGAAAUACAAGCAAAGCGGCUCGCAGGCAGAGACAGAAUUAAAACCAAGGGAGGUGAAGCUGUUCACAUGGAUGGAUCCCACCGGAAUAAGAAAACUAACCUGGACGUAUGCGCACAACGUGGGUGAACUCGACCUCCUUAAGGAUGAAUGUGGCCAGUUCCCUUACAACUCCAAUACGCAGAUCCACUGGGUCUCCUUCUUGGAUGGCCGGCAAAGGGUGCUGCUUUUCACAGACGAUGUGGCCUUGGUUUCCAAAGCACGGGAGGCAGAAGAGAUGGAACAGCCUGACCGGGAGAUACACCUCGCUCUGCACAGCCUCGGGCUCUCGUUGGUCAACAACGAAAGCAAACAGGAAAUCUCGUACAUUGGGAUCAUCAGUUCAGGUGUGGUCUGGGAACUAAAACCAAAGCAGAAGUGGAAGCCAUUUAAUCAGAAGCGGAUAACCAUCUUGGAGCAGGCCUAUCAGAAGCACCUGAUAGCAUCCGAAAGCCUCCGAGCUGUGGAGGCUUCUGGCUGGGUUAAAAUAGACAACAAUUUCGAGGUGAACUUUGAUAAGAUGCCCAUGGAAAUGAACCUUCCCUUCAAGUGCCCCAUCAGGCGCGACUUCUUGUCAGGCAUCGACGUUGAAUUCAAGCAGUCCGCUCACCAGCAGAGCUUACGGGCCAAGCUGUGCUGGCUUCAGGUUGAUAACCAGUUGCCUGGGUCAGUGUUCCCCAUCGUGUUCCACCCUGUAGCUCCUCCCAAAUCCAUCGCAUUAGAUUCUGAACCAAAGCCGUUCAUUGAUGUUAGCAUCAUCAUUCGAUUUAAUGAGUACAGUAAAGUGCUGCAGUUCAAGUAUUCCAUGGUUCUCAUUCAGGAGAUGGCUUUGAGAAUCGAUCAAGGAUUCCUCGGAGCUGUUAUUGAGCUCUUCACUCCAUCUACAGACCCAGAAGCUGAAACACAAAGGGUGAAGUUGAUCCAAAGGGAUAUCGAUGCUCUGAACACGGAGCUGAUGGAGUCUUCCUUGACGGAUAUCUCUCCUCUCAGCUUCUUUGAGCACUUCCACAUUUCUCCGCUGAAGCUACACCUGAGUCUUUCCUUGGGCUCCGGCGGAGAAGCAUCCGACAAGGGCAAGGGUGAGAUGAUCGCCAUCCACUCUGUGAAUCUGCUGCUGAAGAGCAUCGGGGCCACCCUCACGGACGUGGAUGACCUCAUCUUCAAGCUGGCGUUCUUUGAAAUCAAGUAUCAGUUUUACAGAAGAGAUGAAUUAAUAUGGAGAGUCAUCCAGCACUACAGAGACCAAUUCCUGAAGCAGAUGUACGUUCUCGUGCUGGGUUUAGACGUCCUGGGCAAUCCUUUCGGCUUAAUCAGAGGCCUGUCAGCCGGAGUGGAGGCCUUUUUUUACGAGCCUUUUCAGGGAGCUGUCCAAGGACCGGAAGAGUUUGCCGAAGGUUUUGUGAUCGGCGUAAGAAGCCUGCUUGGCCACACAGUGGGUGGAGCUGCAGGGAUGGUCUCCCGCAUCACUGGCUCCGUGGGAAAAGGGCUGGCUGCCAUCACCAUGGAUAAAGAGUACCAGCAGAAGAGGAGAGAGGAGAUGGGGCGCCAGCCGAAAGACUUUGGGGACAGCCUUGCCAAAGGAGGGAAGGGCCUUCUGCGCGGGGUUGUCGGAGGAGUGACCGGUAUCAUCACAAAGCCCGUGGAAGGAGCCAAGAAGGAAGGGGCUGCUGGGUUCUUCAAAGGGAUCGGGAAGGGGCUCGUGGGCGUGGUGGCCCGUCCCACGGGGGGCAUCGUGGACAUGGCAAGCAGCACGUUCCAGGGGAUCCAGAGGGUGGCGGAAUCGACUGAAGAAGUGUCGCCCCUCCGCCCUCCCCGGCUCAUUCACGAAGACGGCAUCAUUCGGCCCUACGACAGAGGUGAAGCCGAGGGUUACGACUUGUUUGAGAACUCUCAGAUCAAGAAGCUGGAGGGAGAGAUUUUCCGGUACCACUGCGUUCUCCCAAGAGGCAGAAAGGCGCACAUCGUCGUAACCAACAGGAGAAUCAUGUUGGUCAAGGAGGUGGAGAUCCUGGGCCAUCUCAUGACAGACUGGGAUUACUUAUACGAAGAUUUUACCCGGCCUCCAACUGUGGUUGAAAACAUGCUGUGCAUCUUUGUUAGGGACCAAGGGCUGCUGACAUUCCACAAAAGAGAGGGCUCAGGACAAGAGACAGUGAGGCGAAUCCCGCUCAGGAAUCCAUCUUCAGCAAUGGAGGUUUGCGAUGCCGUUGAUGAGGCCAGAGCGAGCAGAGUUCAGCAGAAGCUGGUGAAACAAGCAUCUCUGAAAAUAAGCAGUCCGCGGCAAAUGUCGCGAUUUUAGAUGGCCUUUGCGUGUUCUGGAAACUCUCUGAAUGCAUGAGGGUCCUCAGACCUCUUUCGUAGCUCUCUAGAUCAUUCUUUUCUCAAAAUUAUUCCUUUUCCAUAUUUCCACAUCACGAUAUAAAUCAGAAACCCACAACAAAGAUUCAAAAGAGGGAAAUGUUGCCAUUCCUUCAGCUUUAAUUUCGGCUCAUGGGAAACUGUCCAAAAUAUUAUCUGCUAUAGUUGGAAAUAAAUUUUAAGUCAGCGUUUAUAUGAAUAACUGAGCAGAACCAUCCUCAUGCAGGUUGGCUUGCAUGGCGCAGAGAUGGAAUUUUUAAUAUGGAGGACUCAUGUCUAGCUCAUGAUUCAGUGAGAUAAUGGAGAACGUGAGUUGCACAAUAGUAAAAUCAAAGUUGCACGAGCACUUACUUGCACUAGCAAUGAUAGCUUAUGUGUCAGCCGGUAAAUAGGCUUCCAUCACAUUCAGUCAUGUUUAGGUUUAUAUAAUAUAGGCCUAGCUUAAUCUCUUGAUUUUAAAAUAUAUCACUGUUGAAAGAGAACGCACUGGUAAUGAUCAUGGCACAGCAUUUCUACUGGGUGUUUUAGCUGAUAUGAAUGAAAUAAAUGGUCUUAGGGUAGCAUUCUGCGCAUGCUUGGACUGAAUCCCGCACGCUGGCUGUGGAAUGCCAAGAGUGGUCAGACUUCUUGUCUAAACACAAUGGGGUUGUGCCUCGGGAGACACCGUGCUUGUGAACGUACGUAGACGCAAGAUCAUCAACGGGCCAAGCCAUUCCCUGCACCCAAUUCUUUGUUGAAUUUUAGACUGCGCUUCGACAAGGCACAUGUGCUGGAGGACAGUCUGGGCACUGACUUCUCUGGAGUGUUGUGUUUACAGGAGCCCGGCUGUUCUUUUGCGCUUGGGUAUGUUAAGCAGGGCCGGUCUAAACCCCGUAUUCUGGUUGCCAGAUUUUCGUUUCUCAGGUGAACGGACCCCUCUCUCAAACUUGGUGUUUCUUACACUGGACUUUGUUUUUCUGUGACAGCUCUUGUUUUUGCCUUUGUGAACCUUUCUUGGUUUUGGUUGCCGCCUGCUCAUUUGCUUCUCUGACGCUGCUUAGCAGGAACAUUGCCAGAGAGAUGCUGCCCAUGAUUUUUGCUGCCACGUGCAUAUUUUAUAAUGCAGAAGAAUAAAUCUCCCAGUGAUGAGGGAGUUUGAUGCCGAUGCAUACCUGCCUCUGGCUUCAGUCAGGUGCGAUUUUGAGUCCAUGCCAAAUCACCGGGAAUAGCCCUGAGAACGGGAAUGCUCUGCAAGCUGAGGCUUGGCCGUCCAAGUUCUGACUUGCCUUUUAGUUUCCUUUUAUAGGAGAACACUCUUUUGGGGUAACUUUGUUUUUAGCGUGAGUUCCUAUAUCACAGUAUACUUAUCAUGAAGAGUAAAACCAUCACAACAGCUAAUCGCUGGUGUGUUUCUUAGCAGCUCAGUCCGAGCCAGCAGGUAUGUUUCGACUCUGUGUCCCAUAAACUGCACUUUUUUUUGGUAUGUUUACUUUUGUAAUGCCUAUAAUUCUGCCAAAUAAAAGAUUUUAUAUGCAA